CAAAUUAGAUCAGCAAGUGGAACCGCGCUACAGUCACUUCCUGCACAAAGCUCUCCUCUCCAUUUCACUCGCCGAACGCCCAUUUUAGAACACUGCGGUGGCAGGAGMAGGGCAGGAGCAGCGGGGGAGGGGGGGAAAGCGCCUCCGCCUUUUCCCGGGGAGAAUUGGCGGGAAGGGACCAUCCCGCCCACCGCCUGGCGGGACGCUUAAAGUGCGCUGGAGCAGCCGACAACCCCCUGAGUUCCCGCUCAGCACCGCCAUGUCCACCCCCGCCAAGCGGCACUGCCAAAGCCCCCCCGGCUCYCUCGAAUCUAGCUUCCAGAAGCGCCUCAGGAAGGUUUCCAUCGAGGGGAACAUAGCUGCGGGGAAGUCAACGUUUGUCAGGCUGCUGGAGAGACACAGCGAUGAGUGGGAGAUCAUCCCCGAGCCCAUCGCUAAAUGGUGCAACAUCCAGACAGUCGAGGAUGAGUACGAGGAACUUACAACAUCUCAGAAGAGYGGAGGAAACUUACUUCAAAUGCUGUACGACAAACCCACAAGAUGGGCUUACACAUUUCAGACUUAUGCUUGCUUGAGCCGAGUAAAAGCACAAUUAAAACCUGUUUCAGCCAAGCUACACGAAGCAGAAUAUCCAGUGCAAUUUUUUGAAAGAUCUGUGUACAGCGACAGAUACGUAUUUGCUUCUAACCUGUUUGAGUCUGGAAACAUUAAUGAAACUGAGUGGGCUAUUUAUCAGGACUGGCACACAUGGCUUUUGAAUCAGUUUCAAUCAGAUAUAGAACUGGAUGGCAUGAUCUAUCUCAGAACCACACCUCAGAAAUGCAUGGAAAGGCUACAGAUGAGGGGAAGAGAAGAGGAGCAAGGAAUUGAGCUKGAGUAUUUGGAAAACCUCCAUUAUAAACAUGAAACCUGGCUUCAUGAAAGGACUAUGAGAGUUGAUUUUGAGAACCUUAAGGAGAUUCCUAUUCUAGUUUUGGAUGUUAAUGAAGAUUUUAAGAACGAUAAAAUUAAACAGGAGUACCUGAUUGAUAAAGUCAAGUCUUUCCUGMCUUCUUUAGAUGAAAACUAACUCGAAUAACAAGUCUCUGAAGUUUACCUAAUAAUCGCCGUGCUCAAAAAUUAAUUUUAAACAAAUGCAUUAUAUGUAUAUCUUAUUUUAAAGCAAGCCUGAAAUGUAAAAAUAUUGUUUGCUGUUUUUCUUUCUUUGUCUGACUUGUGUAGGAUUUGAUAGAAUUUUCUGUAACGCUAGAAAGAACAAAUAUGGGGCUCUUUGAUAUUUUUUUUUCCUGUAUAUUCUCCGUUGUUUAAUAAAAACUUAAAAAUCAUAUUGCCUUUCGAGUGUCUCUCCCCGCGGGGGAGCUCAGCGGUUGUGAGAGGCCGACACCCAGUAAACAGAUAGCAGGCGCUCAGCAGUGUUGUUUUGCAAUAACUGGCACGGGUUCACCAUUUUAAGACGAGACUGUUAUGGCGUCCAGAAACCUUUACUUUCAACUUCUGCUUUACUGAGUGGCCGCUUCCACCGAUUUACGCUACUUAAGGCUGGACGUUAGACCUGUAAUAAAC